AUGAAGUUUGCUCGCUAUAUUCAAUUCAAUGCUGUGCCCGAGUGGUGCGAUAGCUACCUGCCCUAUUCCUCUCUGAAAUCACUGAUCUACAUGAUUGAAAAGAAAAAAUUGGCAUCUCUGACUGAACACACAGCAUUGCUAUCAACCAAUGACAAUGACAAUUCAACAUUUGUUAAAGCUUUGGAUACUUCACUAUCAAACAUCACUCAAUUCUAUACUGAAAGAGAAUCUGAAGCCAACGCUGAAUUGGACGAAAUACUAGCGCCAUCAACAAGCCCCAUUGUCAUUGUGAUCCAUGAGCCAAGUACAAACACAAGUCCCUACUUGUCACUGCCUGCUUCCGCUUCCAGUUGCAGUAUAGAUGAUGGCCAGAUCUCUACUGCGGAUACCAUGGUACCGUCCCACAACUGCUAUCAGCACCAAGAAAAUGACAGCCAAGACGAACGCUUGAUGAAUUUGUACCUUUAUUUGUCAAAGCUUAAAUCUUUCCUGUACCUGAAUCAGACUGCCUUUGCCAAGAUUUUGAAGAAAUAUGACAAGUGCAUGAAUACCAAGCUGGCAGAAACCUAUACCAGCCAUACCUUAUUGCAGUCGUAUCCCUUCAAGCCAUCUACCUCUCAGCAUUUGAACCAGCUUAUUCAGCAAGUGGAAACGCUUUACAAUGAACAUGCUACUAAAUCAGCGGAUUUAAAAAUGUGUUUGCUUGAAACGUUGAAAGAUGAUAGAAACCUUGUAUGGAGAGAGUGCAUAGGACGAGAACGCAGGGAAACAAACAUUGUCGUCGAAGAAGAAAAGGCGAAUGCCAGCUGGAGAGGGUUUGAAGUGAAGACAUGGAUCUACUUGGCAUUAAGCUUGGCAUUGUUCAUGUAUCUGCUCAACAGCUCCCUAUUUGAGCACGUUGAACAACGCAGGUGUUUUGCUAUUCUGGUGCUUUCUAGUUUUUUAUGGGCCAUAGAGCUGAUGCCAUUGUUCGUAACAGCCUUACUGGUCCCAUUUUUAGUCAUUGUUUUGCAAGUGAUUCGGUCAGAACACAAAACUGCAGAUGGAACUAUUGUGUAUCAAAGGCUAAGCGCAAUGGAAGCUUCCAAAGUUGUGUUUGCAUCUAUGCUGUCACCGGUAAUUAUGCUGUUAUUGGGGGGAUUCGCUAUCGCUGCUGCACUCAACAAGUACGGUAUCGCAAAAGCAUUGGCUUCCUUUGUUCUGUCUAAAGCUGGCACCCGCCCAUCUCGCGUGCUUCUGGUGAACAUGCUGGUGGCUUCCAUGGCGAGCAUGUGGAUCAGUAAUGUGGCAGCACCGGUUUUGUGCUUAUCACUGAUUCAGCCUAUCCUUCGUGCACUGCCUGUGGGGUCUCCGUUUGGUCCGUGUUUGAUUAUGGGCAUCACAUUGGCCUCCAAUUUGGGUGGCAUUGCAUCUCCUAUUGCCUCACCACAGAAUGUCAUUGCCAUCCAGAACAUGUCGCCUCCGCCCUCUUGGACAGACUGGUUUUGCGUAUCGGUGCCACUUUGCUUAUUGGGUAACUGCAUUGUUUGGCUUUGGUUAUUGCAGUCUUAUCAAAUCAAGAAUGAUGGACAUGAGAUCACAACAACAACAAACAAAGUGUCUCUGAGAAUGACCCCAACUCAGUUCUUUAUCGUCUGUGUCACAUUAUUUACCAUUACGCUAUGGUGCAUUGCUCGUACGUAUCGCGAUACUCUGGGUGAUAUGGGUGUCAUUGCUAUCAUCCCCUUGAUCGCUUUCUUUGGUACUGGCAUCUUGACAAAAGAUGAGUUCAAUAAUUUCUUAUGGAACGUCAUUGUCUUGGCUAUGGGUGGUAUUGCGCUGGGAAAGGCCGUCGAAAGUUCAGGGCUGUUGCAUACCAUUGCAUUCGGUAUCUCAGAUCAUGUCAUGGGAUUUUCGACGUUUGAAGUGCUGUUUAUCUUCUGCUGUUUGGUGUUGGUGAUUGCUACAUUCAUCAGUCAUACUGUUGCUGCAUUGAUCGCUUUGCCUAUUGUCGCAAAAAUUGGUGCUCAAUUGGCCGAUCCAAAUCCUCGUUUGCUUGUGAUGGGAACUGCUUUUGUUUGCUCUGCGGCAAUGGGCUUACCAGUAUCUGGAUUCCCCAACAUGACAGCCAUCUCGCAAGAAAACAUCAUAGGUGAGCCUUAUCUUAGAACUAAAGAUUUCCUCAAGAACGGCGUCCCGUGUAGUAUGUUGAUUAUGCUCUGCAUUGUCACAUUGGGUUAUAUAUUGAUGAUGCUUGUUGGUAUAUAA